AUGGCAGUCAAGAUCUUCAUCACCGGCGUCACGGGCUACAUUGGCGGAGACAUUCUGUACGCCCUCAACCAGGCGCAUCCGGACUGGGAAUACUCGGCCCUGAUUCGCUCCGAGGAAAAGGCAAAGCAGGUGCAGGCGAAAUAUCCCAAAGUCAAGCCGGUAAUUGGAGGCCUUGAUGAUUCCGACAUCAUCAAGAAGGCAGCUUCUCAAGCAGACAUUGUUAUCCACACCGCAGAUGCCUCGGACCACGAGGGUGCUGCCCGCGCAAUCGCCGCCGGACUAGCAGAGGGCCACUCGGCAUCCAAGCCGGGCUUCUGGCUGCACACGAGCGGCACGGGCAUCCUGACGUUUGCCGACCAGCUGUCUGGCCGUCUCGGCGAGCCGGACGACAAGGUCUUCAACGACUGGGCCGGCGUCGAGGAGCUCACCAACCUGCCCGACGAGGCCUUCCACCGCGACAUUGACAAGAUCGUGCUCGAGGCGAGCUCGCCCUCGGUGCGCACCGCCGUCGUCUGCCCGCCCACCAUUUACGGCGAGGGCCGCGGACCCGUCUCCGGUCGCAGUCGCCAGGCCUACACGCUGGCCAAGAUGAUCCUGACCCGGGGCGUCACGCCCAUCAUUGGCGGGGGCAAGGCCCGCUGGAACAGCGUCCACGUGCACGACCUUUCAGACGCGUACGUGCUGCUCGCCGAGGCCGCCGCCGCCGGCAACCUGUCCGACGAGCUUUGGAAUGCCCGUGGCUAUUUCCUAGCCGAGAAUGGCGAGUUCAUCUGGGGCGACUACUCGCGGCUCAUGGCCAAAAAGGCGUACGAGCUUGGCUUUCUGAAGGAGGUGCCCCAGGAGCAGCCGCUCAGCAAGGACGAGGCGGUCGAGUUUGGAGGGUUCGAGGCCGUCAGCUGGGGUCUCAACUCGCGUGGCAAGGCCGAGAGGCUCUCCAAGACGUUGGGCUGGAAGCCGCACCGUCCGAGCAUUGAGGAGGAGAUCCCAACGAUUCUGAAGAGCGAGAAGGCUUUGUUGGAAAAGAACUAG